AUGCCACUCCCGCCCUGCUCCUUUCCACUUGAAGUCCCCCUCGCCCCUUCCUCAGGGCAGCGUGCCAAUCGGCGGCCCACAUUGCUGCGAUCCGCCCUUGCCAGUCAGAAACCUCGAACACAGAGCCAGCUUGAUGGCUUGAGACCGGUGGCAUUGCAGACGCCGAGACCGGUAUCAGAACACAUACCCCGUACACCAGAGCCUGGUCCGAAACUUGAGGAGAAGCCGGACGACGGAGAGGAGGAGGACGACAACGACGCCGAGGAGGAUCAGCAGUCGAAGAUACCCAUGAACGCCGAUCCCAAUCCCCUGCCUACGUCUGACUUGAGCCCCCUCCCGCAGUCUCCGGACACCGCUUCGACUACAUCCACCUCUCGUCGGCGAAGACGGGUUCCCCGCAAGACCACCAGAUACGCUUUGGCUUACCCGGCUCCCCGGUUUGCCGGGAAGAGUCUAGUGGUCCAAAAGGUCAACCCCAAGCUCUAUCUGCAGCUACAGCAGGUCUCCGAGGCCAAUCGGCCAGUGCCCAUCAUUGACGUCUUCCCGUCGUCGCGACUAGCUGGCCCUCUGGUGGCUUCACGAGUCGCCAAGCGGUUUCCUAGGGUCUUUGGCGCCAAGGGUGAAUUGGGCGCUGCCGAUGUGGUGGUGAUGCAAAGCGAAGCUUAUGACAUAAAUUCCCAUGCGCUGGAGAGUGAAGACGAGGAUGACGGCCUUGAUCAGAGGAAGCUCCUUGCUGUGUUUAGUCCACUGAAGAAGAAGUCCGACCUGACCGAGAUCGUGCUUGAUGAUGGGUCCGCGUGGGUUGCACAAAUGCUUCCGACAGGGUCAUUCGAUUUUGUCCAUGUCGACGCUCAUGGAAUUACCACGACUGCCCGUUGGGCUCGGAGGCCUGGGAUGCAGACAAAUACCACAUGGCCGUUGGGAGACGCUACUCCGCAACCGACGCCGACAACAUCCAGCGAUUCUUCGGGACUGAAAUAUACGUUCAGUAUCCUCAACCCUCUCACGCGCCGGCACCCCAUCAUGGCAACUUUGACACAGUCAGCCCUCGAUAUCCAAAGUCAUUAUACCACGGUAACCAUGUCUUCCAGCCGGUACCCGCCAUCCAGGCGCAGGAGCCAGACACUGCCGUCCUUUUCACGUGCAUUUCCAACCUCGCCCUCAAGUCGGACUGUGGCGUCAGCGUCGGCGUCGGACCGCGACAGUGGCUCUGAAACAAUAUUGCCGCCGGAACCCGAAUCUGAGCGCACCAGUCAUCCUGUCGACAACGCCACCAAAAUGCUGAUCUCGAUCACGGCAGUCUGGCUUGCGCUGCGUUCCGGAUGGUCGCCGUAUUACAAAUCUCCACACUCUCAAGCUUCCGACCAUGCCCUGCCGCCUAGCUCCUCAACUCCCGGACCAUCUGUAGCCACGACACCGGCUGCCACCACCGCUAGGCAGAGCCGUCGAUGUGUUUGGCCUCGCAGAGACAGUUUAGACGAAAGUAAUAUGUCGGGCCCGCGCCCCAUCGACCUCCCUGAUCAAUAUCUUCUCGGAUCCUCCAGAGGUGCAAGCGGUCACCGCCCCUCAAGUCUCGGGAUGGCCAAAACAAUGCCUCUGCAGCCAGGGAUUUACAUCAGAGAUCAAUCUCCGGGCCCUUCGACAUCGGCAAUUCCAUCUUCCGCCUUCUCCAUGUCCAAACCCGUACCCCGUAGAGCGACAAGCACCGGCGCAGCAUUCAUGCAACGACACAUCCAGCUACAGAGUCCCGAAGCUAGCGAUACGGAGCAUGCGGCGGCAGGUCAAGGUACCGGCAACCGGCGGAACGUACGUGGCCGGAUCCUGAGCGGUGAUUGGGCCCCAGCCUUUGCCAGGUUCAGUCGUCCGCUCUCCUUCCAUGGCCGCGGCCGCGACCCCGGUUCGGUGAGUCCCUCGUCACAGUCCUCGCCGGAAACGGGUCCCGACCAGGCAAACACGAUGCCGGACCAUCCUAGCCACACCGUGGCACCUUCAGCAGGCGGCAGGCGCGUCCAGUCGGCCUACUACCCGAGUAAUUCCAUGAGACUGGAGGAUAUCCGCGAUGGCGACGGCGAGAGCAAGGUCGAACCCGGGGCUGCGCCCGAUCAUGUGCCUGGAGCCACCGGCGCUGGGACGCAGGAGGACCAUUGUGCCGAAAGCAGGUGGUCGGAAGACGAUGACAGGAGAGGGGGCUUUGCUGGAAAGCUCAAAAGUUUCGGCAAUUGGUUCAGGAGACUCGGCACGCACUAG